AUGUCAGGUGUUUGUUGUAUUCAAUAUGUGAAGCUAAUACUGAAAUUAAGGGCCGCCGAAAGCGAUGCUGGAGCCCCGUGCACGAGGCUGUUUCCCAGGCGCUCCGCAGCCGGCGCGAUCGGCUCCCCUCGCCCGCCCCAGGUACCUCCGCACACAAAGAGCACGCCGAAGGCUGGAGACUCCGCGCCGCUCACCUCAGGAGUCGGCCCGGCGCGGGGUGUCCUUCGGCGGGCAGUCGCCACUGCUCGCGCGGCCCCCCGGAGCCCGGACCGGGCUGGGGCUUCCCUGCAGCCAUCGCUCCACGGCAGGACCGGCUCCCGGCACUUCCGCGGCCCGCGCCACAGCCUACAGGCACCCGCGGCGGGAGGAAAGGGGGCGAGCCCGGGGCCUGAGGAGCGCCGAGCGCUGCAAGGGGCGGGGGAGGCCGGGCCUGGCCGAGCCGGGAGAACCGGCGGCACCGGGAACACGGAGCGCCUGCCGACCUCCCGUCAGGUGGCUUCCGGCGCACUCCUGACGUCAUCACUGCCCGCCGCGGCGCUCCCGCUCCCCGGGCCGGGGCUGCUGAGGCGUCUCGCUGCCCGCCGGGGUGCCCUGCCUGCGACUCGUACCCGAGGGCGGCAAUUUCUGCUCGUUAAGAAUAUUCCUGGUUUGCCCGUUGCUGCAGUCCUGUUCCAUGGCUGGUGAUACCCGAAAUCUUCCCACGUUUAGCUUGAGGUGUGUCCAAUGCUGCCUGUGUUAAGGAACUGGGUUAUGGCCUUCUUGGUAACCAAAGAAUUUAAUGUUUUUAUAUUAAGCAUCAUAAAUUACAAUCUGAAGUGACUUUUCAUAGGGAAAUUUAUUAAAGAUGCUCCUGAGAGAGCCUUGAGCCACAGUCUUCUCUGGCAGAACAGAGCUGUAGCUGUAUGGGAGUGAGCUGUAAUAAUGUGGAUUCUUGUUCCUCCUCUCAUGAGAAGACAUGCCAGUAUCUUUUCUUCUACUAUGUAAAUUAGAUUUUAAUUUUGUAAAUAAAUAAAUUAAAUUUC